CGUCAUCAAACUGUGCAGAAUCCUGUUCUUUGGGCGCCUGAUGAGGCCCGAGGCCGCCUGACACCGCCCAAUUGUCUGGUAGGAUCCUACUAUUCACCUGACUUGAUUGGACAAUCACAUAUUUACACCAAUUCGUCAUCAAUUGCAGUAAAUGGAAACAGCUCGGCUCACUACUUGGGUUCCUUUUCCACGCCCAGCUCUUCGUCUAUCUCAGUCGCCUCAGCAACGACACAGUCGUCACAGCCUCAGCCUCAGCAACAUCCGUCACCUUUAUUUUUUUCGUUUUAUCGUUACACACCAGCUCACUACGAGGAAGUUGGGCGAGGCCUACUGGUCGCCGCACUUGACAUGUUCGGUACUAACCCAUGUCCUCGUAUUCAGCCCGAUCUUCUUUGGCAGGGCUUUUCUUGUAUCUCAGACUGGCAAUAUUCACCGCUGGUGUCCGGCCUGAUACCAUCAACUAGAGGAGGUGAAAAGCGGCAGGCCUCGUUGCCACCAUUUAUAAUGGCAAGUUUUCCCUCUGGACAGCAACCAACAAAUAUUCUACAGAUGACACCAAGUGGGCGGCCCCCACCGAUGCCGAGAAGCUCUAACUCCACCAUUGCUGGGGCUCUACCGCCAACUCUGCAAGAGGCAACCAGUCUUUACGUGAGGCAAACAGUUCUAAAAGGGUUCUUUGUCAUCUAG